AUGCUGACGGGCCAGGACCCGGGGUUCCUUCGCUUGGGUUUGUGUCUGAGCCUAUGUGGAUUCCUGGCUUCCUUGAAAGGCUGCACAGGCUGUGCGUCUGAAGAGCAGCUCUUCCACACACUGUUCGCUCGCUACAACCGAUUCAUCCGGCCGGUGGAAAACGUCUCUGAGCCUGUCACAGUGCAUUUUGAGUUGGCCAUCACACAGCUGGCCAAUGUGGAUGAAGUCAACCAGAUCAUGGAAACCAAUCUGUGGCUGCGUCACAUCUGGAAGGACUACAAAUUACGUUGGGAUCCAAGGGAAUACGAUGGCAUCGAGACACUUCGUGUUCCAGCAGACAAGAUCUGGAAGCCAGACAUUGUUCUCUACAACAAUGCGGUCGGUGACUUCCAAGUCGAAGGCAAGACCAAAGCUCUUCUGAAGUACGACGGCAUGAUAACCUGGACCCCACCAGCCAUCUUCAAGAGUUCUUGUCCCAUGGACAUCACCUUCUUCCCUUUUGAUCAUCAAAACUGUUCCCUGAAAUUUGGUUCCUGGACUUAUGACAAGGCUGAGAUUGACCUCCUGAUCAUCGGCUCUAAAGUGGACAUGAAAGAUUUUUGGGAAAACAGCCAAUGGGAAAUUGUCGAUGCCUCUGGCUACAAGCAUGAUAUCAAGUACAACUGUUGCGAAGAGAUUUACACAGACAUAACCUACUCUUUCUACAUCAGGAGACUGCCCAUGUUUUACACCAUUAACCUCAUCAUCCCCUGUCUCUUCCUCUCCUUCCUCACCGUGUUGGUCUUUUACCUCCCUUCUGAGUGUGGCGAGAAAGUGACUCUUUGCAUCUCUGUUCUGCUUUCUCUGACUGUCUUUUUGUUGGUGAUUACUGAGACCAUCCCAUCCACAUCUCUUGUGAUCCCACUUGUGGGUGAGUAUCUACUGUUCACGAUGAUCUUUGUCACCCUAUCCAUUGUGGUGACUGUGUUUGUGUUGAACAUACACUACCGCACCCCAGCAACGCAUACCAUGCCCAAGUGGGUGAAGACUGUUUUCCUUAAGGUUUUUCCCUCAAUUCUGAUGAUGAAGAGACCUCUGGACAAGACAAAGAAGGCGGGUGAUGUUAAAGACCCCAAAAACCUUCCUAAGAGAUCUACCAAGGUCAAGUUUGCUCAUCGAAGAGAGCCCAAACUUCUGAAGGAAGGCUGCCACUGUCAAAAGCCAAGAGAGAUGGCUCCUGGCAGGAGACAGUUAAGUCAGCAGCCUGCACCAUGGGAGACAGAGAGUUCAGAGCACUCACCAGACGUGGAAGAUGUGAUCGACAGUGUUCAGUUCAUAGCAGAAAACAUGAGGAGCCACAAUGAAACAAAGGAGGUAGAAGAUGACUGGAAAUACAUGGCCAUGGUGGUGGACAGGGUCUUCCUCUGGGUGUUUAUAAUCGUCUGUGUGUUUGGAACUGUGGGGCUAUUUCUACAGCCACUGCUUGGGAACACAAGAAAGUCUUAA